CAAAGUUCCACUCCAAUUCUGACUUUAUUGAUAUGUUUGUAUAAGUGCGUUAAACCCUGUUCUCGUCUCGCUGAGUUAACAUGGACUCCGUGUGGAGAAUCACUUCCUUCAUAGUACUUCUCACACUCAAGGCGCAUGCCCUUCCAACUCAGUAUGGUGAGGAUGCAGAUGCAGGUGAAUUACGGGAGGACAUUCCUGAAAUCAAUUUAGAUUCCCAAAGAGAUUUGUUUGAAGGAGAUAUUGCUGGAGAUCCACGAAGAAAUGCAAUAUUAGAUAAAAAAGCAAGAUGGGAGUUUCCCAUUCCAUACAUCCUUACAGAUAGUUUGGAUCUUAAUGCAAAAGGAGUGAUUCUUCAAGCAUUUGAAAUGUAUCGCCUUAAAUCUUGUGUGGACUUUAAGCCCUAUGAAGGAGAGAGCACCUACAUUUCUUUCACAAAGCUGGAUGGAUGUUGGUCAUUUGUCGGAGAUUUAAAGACAGGGCAGAACGUCUCUAUAGGAGACAGAUGUGACACCAAGGCCAUUGUAGAACAUGAACUUCUUCAUGCACUGGGUUUCUACCAUGAGCAGUCUCGUUCAGACAGGGAUGACUAUGUUCAUAUCUGGUGGGAUCAGAUCAUUCCAGGAAAGGAGCACAAUUUCAAUAAGUAUGAGGAUGAUUUUAUAACUGACUUAAACACGCCCUAUGAUUAUGAGUCCAUCAUGCACUACAGACCUCUGUCUUUCAACAAGGACCCUGAUAUUCCCACCAUAACCACCACCAUCCCUGCUUUCAAUAACAUAAUAGGACAGCGCUUAGACUUCAGUGCUCUUGAUUUGGAGAGACUGAAUCGCAUGUAUGAAUGCAGUGCAUUCCUCACUCUUCUGGAUCAAUGUGCCUUUGAGCAGAUCAACAUUUGUGGAAUGAUUCAGUAUGAUGAGGAUGAUGCUGACUGGGUUCAGACUUUGAGCUCUUCAGAUGUAAAAGACCACACACUUGGAGGGCAAUGCAGAGAUGCAGGUUAUUAUAUGAAGUUUGACACCGCUAACAAAGCUGAGGGACACAGUGCUUUGCUGGAGUCACGGAUUCUUUACCCCAAGAGGAACCAGCAGUGCCUUGAGUUCUUCUACAGGAUGAGUGGAGACCCUGGUGACCAGCUUAUCAUUUGGGUCAGAAGGGAUGAUGGGUCCGGAAAUGUUCGCAAAGUCAGCAAAGUUUACACAUUCACAGGGGAUGGGGACGAGUCAUGGAAAAUUGCACACGUCACUCUAAAUGUUGAGGAAAAGUUCCGGUAUUUCUUUCAGGGAAUUGUUGGUUCCAACAAAACAUCAGGAGGGAUCUUUGUAGAUGACAUAACUCUGACUGAAACAUCAUGCCCAAAUGCUGUCUGGAGGAUCCAGAACUUCACCAACCUCCUUAAAUCUGUCCCACACGGUGAAAGAGUCCAGAGUUCCCGUUUUUACAACUCUGAGGGUUACGCUUAUGGAAUUAAUGUUUAUCCAAACGGCAGGAAAAACUCAUCCGAAGACUUUGUUGGAAUUACAUUUCACCUCUUUACUGGUGAGAAUGACGCAGUUUUAGAAUGGCCUGCAGCGAAUCGGCAAGUUACUGUAUCGGUCAUGGACCAAAAUCCAGACACAACACUUCAAAUGUCUAACAGCAGAAGCUUCACCACUGAUGCUGACUCGCGGUGGAGUAAACCAACUUCAUUUGAAGAAUGGGAUGAAAGUUGCGUUUGCUACAGAGGUCCAGAGUUUGGCUGGGGCACAUUCAUCUCGCACGAUCAGCUCCGCAGGAGAGACUUCCUCAAGAACGACGACCUGAUAAUCACUGUUAAUUUUGAUGAUUUGGCACAUCUUUUAAAAUCAGAAGUUCCAAUCAAAGCGGACUUCUCAAACGACCCUCAAUCUGUAGAAGAAAGCUAUAACAGACCAAAAGUCCGGCAGCCACGAGCGAUCAGUGACCCAUGUCAGCCAAACCCCUGCCAUAAUGGAGGUGUGUGUGUUGUACAUCAGGGGAAAGCAACUUGCAGGUGUGUCUCUGGACAGGCCAUUGUGUACACAGGAGACACCUGUGAGAAACAGCACAUUGAUGGAGGAAUUCUGGGAGUUCUGAUCGGUGGUGCUGCAGGAACUAUAGCUCUUACUGUCGCCAUUAUAGCUGUGAUCUACAGGCAGAACUAAACCAUGUCAUCAUAUUUGACAUCUGAAUAACAUCACUCUUUGAUAAGCAAAGUAUUUUAUUGAUGAAACAUCUUACAGUAAACAUCUUUAUUAACAAUCUUGUCUCUCAAUUUUCCAUAUCCCUUUACAAGAAACAAGGAAAUAGGUCUAACAAGAGAAAAAACUAAAAAAAAUAUGUCAAGCUCAAGUAGAGUGCUUAAGAUGUGUUAAAUUAACUUUGGUUCUUCAGAUAUUUAGUCAGAAUUACUAAAUAGUACAUAGAGGUUGAUGUCAUAGUUCCUUAUGUUUUGCAAAAUAGAAGCAGAGCUAAAACUAAUCAGCUUACAACCAAAGUAGGUGACCACUUUUUACAUUGCAUAGAGAUACAUCUUUAUAAGACGUGUAGAACAGUGUUAAAUAAAAGACAACAACAAUCAGGGUAGAAAACUAUAGAUAAUUGCUACAUAUAUACAGCAGCACUUUUGUUCUUUUAAAAACAGAAUCAGGAAAAUCAAUGUUUUUUAAAUCUAUUUCUCACUGUUUGUUCCUAAUGUUAUUCAGUAAAUAAAAAGGGAUGACCACAGCCUACACUUUGUUCCAUAGAUGCUAAGUCUUUUAAAGUACAAUAAGUACUUUUAGGUCUUCACCAAACAGUUGCGCUCCCUCUCCUAUUUUUGUUGCUGCUGUGGGUUCAGAGGUGGAUCAAUAUCCUGUCAUGUUUUACAUGUUCCUUCUGCAAUGCAAAUUGGAAACAGAAAAUUUAUUAAGGAAAUUUCUUAAGAAUUUGUAUUGUCUUCUGUAGAGAUGCCUUUGAAGUUGUUUAAUAAUUGAUGAACACUGACUCUGUUAUGGAAGUGAAUUGAAUAAACAUUGACCGACCUGAGUUGAAUAAUGACA